AUGCCGAAGAAGGACCGAGGAGGAGUGGAGAGGGGAUCAGAAAUAUAUAGGGACAAAGCGCAGCGCAAGACACUCAAGAAGUCCAAGAGGGGAAAGUCUGGGUCUGGGAAGAAAGAGAGGGGAGAGGAGGAUGAAGCCGCGCAGAGUGUUCGUGGCUGGGCUUUCUCGACGGGGGCGGCCCAAGCUGCGGUCCUCGCUACUAUGACGCUACAGGGACAGCAACAGCAACAAGCAAAAAAACAACAAAGCAGUUUGAUCCACGUUGCGUUUUCUCUCUUGAUUCUAUCGAUCCUCAGCUCCUUUUAA